AUGGACGUAGCUCUCGAGAUCUUGGACCCUUUGGUCCUGGACAAGGCGUAUGCCUACUUCGUCCCCGCUGCGACGAUUUCCAAUUCCACUGGCCUCCCAAGUCUCGAUGUGCCAUCGUCAUCGUCACCACCCGAGUCGGCUUGGCCGCGCGACAAUAUCCUGCGGCAAUGCAUUUCAAUCUUAGUGAUUACGCAGCUUGGGGCUUCCAUGCUCUACUGGAUCUUCAGCGCGCUUUCGUACUACUUCAUCUUUGACCGGCGUUUGGAGUACCACCCUCGUUUCCUGAAGAACCAGGUGAGACAGGAGAUUGUAUCGUCGAUGAAGGCCGUUCCGUGGAUCAAUAUCAUGACCCUUCCCUUCUUUCUGGCUGAGGUGCGAGGAAAGAGCUUCCUUUACACCAAUGUCGAGGACUAUGGUUGGGCUUGGCUUGGGAUUUCGACAGUCGUGUUUAUGAUCUGGAAUGACUUCCUCAUCUACUGGAUUCACCGCCUCGAACACCACCCUAGCGUCUAUAAGUACGUGCAUAAGCCUCACCAUAAAUGGAUUAUCCCGACGCCAUGGGCGGCCUUGGCUUUUCAUCCUCUCGACGGCUAUGUCCAGUCUUUGCCAUACCACAUCUUCGUGUUCGUCUUCCCGGUGCAAAAGUACCUCUAUAUGACCUUGUUCAUUUUGGUGCAAAUUUGGACUAUCUUCAUCCACGACGGGGACAUGAUCUCAGGCCAUUGGCUUGAGAAGUACAUCAACAGCCCCGCGCAUCAUACGCUGCAUCACAUCUACUUCACCGUCAACUACGGACAGUACUUCACCUGGGCUGACAGCUACUUUGAUUCGCAUCGCCCACCCCGCCCUGAGCUUGAUCCCCUGAUCGAAGCGUUGAAGGUUAUGCGUGCAAAGGGGCUAGUGGAUGAGAAGGGAAAUCCGAUCCAGAAGAAGAAGAAGGAAUAA